AUGCAGACGCUGUAUAAGGCAUAUAAUACUACCGAUCACUUUUAUUCAACUGCCUACUCCUUCAGCAAGCUGGGAGAACACACGUUGUCUCGUGAUGGCCAACGAUCCUCUCGGAGGCUCUUCCAUCGAUCGAAUGCAUCACAGCCACGUUGUCACGGAACAGCUUGGCCUCUGUUGCCGGCCGUUGCGCUAUUAUCCACUCGCCUGAGAAACUCGAUACAACCUCGUGUACUGGAGACGACGAAGCCACCCAGGCAACCUUCCCGCCUCACUAGGCAGGCUGGUCGACUCACUAGCGGCCAGCAUGCCGGUAUGACUCUCUGUGCCCAACAUGUUCCAACCGCGCUGAGCCAACGCUCGCUUCUUGAGUUUAUCUUUUUUUUUUCGCCCGGAGAGGGCACCGAGGCGGAGGCUGCGGCCGAUAGCCCCCUACCUACCCUGCAUGAGCUGCAGCGUCGGAUCUGUCUUUUAUAA